AUGGGCUCCAUUGAAUCAGAGGAAAUGAAGUCCCGCAACUAUAUGAAAUGGGAUGCUUCAGGGUUUGAAGUUAUCCCUCCCAAUGAACAAGAAGAUAUACAAGCUAUUGCGGACCAGAUUAAUGCCAUUCAACAAGCUCAAUUUAAUACUCAUCGUCAUUGCUUUGGAGGUACUACUUCUCAACCCUGGGUCAAAAUAGAAAUACUAACAUCAUCAAAGGGAACACAUGCAAGAGCUCAAAGACUGGUCAAGGGUGAAAUGGUUGUUGGAGGUUUACCUCCACAUCUUGCGCAAAGCAUGUUCUCUCGUCCAAAGACAUAUCCAAUUGUCAUGAGAUAUGGUACCGAACCUGGUGAUCCAGCUCUCGACGAUCGUAUUCCGCAACCUCGAGGUCUAGGAAUGAAGGUUUUCAAUGUUCAUGGUGAAAGAUUUGACGGGAAAGAGUUGAGCACACAGGAUAUCGAAUUCAAUAGUACUCCUGCAUUAGAUCUUGCAGAUGCAAAGACGACAAAAGAAAUUAUUGAUCUUAGAAUUAAGUACGGAGGAGACAAGGCUGAGUUAUACAGGCAUUUAGAAGUUCGCAAAGAUACGGCAUUACAAAAAGCUCGUGAUGAAGUCAGGAAUACUCACCUCGAGUCAACACGACAGUAUUCGCAAACUGCUUAUAGAUUCGGUGACUAUGUUGUCAGAUACUGCCUAGUUCCAUCUUCGGAAACGCAAAAGAAGCUCUAUGAAGAGACGGUCAAACCAGACGCUCAUCCAGAUAAUAUUCUCAGUGAAUGGCUCAAAGAAUUUCACACAAAUCACGACGCAGGAUAUCUCUUCCGAGUCCAGCUCCUUGAGAAUCUCGAAGACCAACCUAUAGAAUAUGCCGGUAAGGUCUAG